AUGAGUAGAGACUGGGUAGGAAUAGAGUCUCCUCAGACCCAGGGACACAGGCAGCACCUACACAGGUCCCAGCUAAAGGAACACAGGCAGCACCUACACAGGUCCCAGCUAAAGGAACACAGGCAGCACCUACACAGGUCCCAGCUAAAGGAACACAGGCAGCACCUACACGGGUCCCAGCUAAAGGAACACAGGCAGUACCGAUACUGGUCCCAGCUAAAGGAACACAGGCAGCACCGAUACUGGUCCCAGCUAAAGGAACACAGGCAGCACCGAUACUGGUCCCAGCUAAAGGAAUACAGGCAGUACCGAUACUGGUCCCAGCUAAAGGAACACAGGCAGCACCUACACGGGUCCCAGCUAAAGGAACACAGGCAGCACCUACACAGGUCCCAGCUAAAGGAACACAGGCAGCACCUACACGGGUCCCAGCUAAAGGAACACAGGCAGCACCUACACGGGUCCCAGCUAAAGGAACACAGGCAGCACCUACACGGGUCCCAGCUAAAGGAACACAGGCAGCACCUACACGGGUCCCAGCUAAAGGAACACUGGCAGCACCUACACAGGUCCCAGCUAAAGGAACACAGGCAGCACCUACACGGGUCCCAGCUAAAGGAACACAGGCAGCACCUACACGGGUCCCAGCUAAAGGAACACAGGCAGCACCUACACGGGUCCCAGCUAAAGGAACACAGGCAGCACCUACACGGGUCCCAGCUAAAGGAACACUGGCAGCACCUACACAGGUCCCAGCUAAAGGAACACAGGCAGCACCUACACGGGUCCCAGCUAAAGGAACACAGGCAGCACCUACACGGGUCCCAGCUAAAGGAACACAGGCAGCACCUACACGGGUCCCAGCUAAAGGAACACAGGCAGCACCUACACGGGUCCCAGCUAAAGGAACACAGGCAGCACCUACACAGGUCCCAGCUAAAGGAACACUGGCAGCACCUACACGGGUCCCAGCUAAAGGAAG